AUGCCAAUGGGAGCCGUCGAGCAUGACUGGGAAGAAGGUGGCGUCAUGGCUUGGAAGACGUCGGAUUUCAAGAAAACUCGGAUUGGGCGCCUGAUACUAUACAAACAAGAACGUUGGAACGCUGGAACGCGGACGGUAUGUCUCGCUCCCCUGCCUGACGGGAGGUGCGGCACUUUGGGUGUAUGUGCGCUCCAUCGGAGGAGGGUACAGACUGGUCUGAUCAGCGCACCGGUGAACAGCCUCGCGCCGUCAAGUCCCAUGUUCCCUGUUGUUCUGCUCUCGUCUAUCCAAGUCCGGUCUAAUGUUGGUAGCGUCUGUUCUGGGCCUAUGUAUACGUCUCGUGAUGGGUCCUUUGUCUGGCUUUUCUUGGCCGGUGUCGCGGGGCUGUUUGACUCCCUUUACGAUUCUCUCGCCCGUAGCACGGUCACACCGAUUGGCCCCAUCGACCCGCUGUGUUUGAUAUUCCCGAUCGUUGAAAUAUCCCAAGCUCACACCUGGACUCCGGGCAUGGGGAAGCGGACUGGUCUCACUGGUCACAGUCGUCGCAUCUGUGCAGCGAUGCUUAUCACUGGAAUCCCGGCCGCUCGCCUCAGCUCUCUCCGAAGGUGGAUUCGAAAUGCGGGGCAUAGGGCUUCGGGCGACUCGAACACAGGGCGGGGGUUUGGCGUCACAGAUUGGAAGAUGCAUACGCCAACACUGGGUCUCACGAAGAUUCGGCGCUUGAGAGAACGGAAAUAUUGGUAUGAGACAGACGACUAA